AGCGCGCAGCGCCCGGAGGAGGAGGAGGAGAGGCGGCCGGGACCGAGCGAGCGCCCGCGCGCGUGUCUGUGUGUGUGUGAGGGAGAGGAGAGCGAGCGCGCGUGUGGCGUGAGGGAGGAAGCCGCCCGCCCCCCUCGCCUUCCCUUCUCUUCCCCCCCUCCUCCCCGCUCCCCUCCCCGACCGCGGAGAGCCAGCACCAUGUCGGCGCCGGCGGCCAAAGUCAGUAAAAAAGAGCUCAACUCGAACCACGACGGGGCCGACGAGACCUCAGAAAAAGAACAACAAGAAGCAAUUGAACAUAUCGAUGAAGUACAGAAUGAAAUAGACAGACUUAAUGAACAAGCCAGCGAGGAGAUUUUAAAAGUAGAACAGAAGUAUAACAAACUCCGCCAACCGUUUUUUCAGAAGAGGUCAGAAUUGAUCGCCAAAAUCCCAAAUUUUUGGGUAACAACAUUUGUCAACCAUCCACAAGUGUCUGCACUGCUGGGGGAAGAGGAUGAGGAGGCACUGCAUUAUCUCACCAGAGUCGAAGUGACAGAGUUUGAAGAUAUUAAAUCAGGUUACAGAAUAGAUUUUUAUUUUGAUGAAAACCCUUACUUUGAAAAUAAAGUUCUCUCCAAAGAAUUCCAUCUGAACGAGAGUGGGGAUCCUUCCUCAAAGUCCACUGAGAUCAAAUGGAAAUCCGGAAAGGACUUGACGAAGCGGUCGAGUCAGACACAGAACAAAGCCAGCAGGAAGCGGCAGCACGAGGAGCCCGAGAGCUUCUUCACCUGGUUCACCGACCACUCGGACGCCGGCGCCGACGAGCUGGGCGAGGUCAUCAAGGACGACAUCUGGCCCAACCCGCUGCAGUACUACCUGGUUCCAGAUAUGGAUGAUGAGGAGGGGGAAGGAGAGGAAGAUGAUGACGAUGACGAAGAAGAAGAAGGAUUGGAAGACAUCGACGAGGAAGGCGAUGAGGAUGAGGGCGAGGAAGAUGAUGAUGAUGAUGAAGGGGAAGAAGGAGAGGAGGAUGAAGGCGAAGAUGACUGAAACACUGAUGGAUUCCAACCUUUUCUGUGUGUCUUUUUUUUUUUUUUUUUAAAUUUCUCCAGUCCCUGGGAGCAAGUUGCUGUCUUAUUUUUUCCCUCUUGUGCUCGCUCAGUCUCCCUGUUUUUGAGGUCUCUUUUCUCUACUCCGUGGUUAUCACCUUUAUUGUGGGUUAAUACCUGAUGCAGAAUACAGUGGGAAAAGAAUCUCUUGCCCCUUUCUGUUCCAAAUUUCAUUUUCACCCCCUCUUGUCUCCACAAACUGUUUGGAAUCAACACCACCGUUCUCUGUGGGAAAAUCGAACCUCCUGCUCCCCGGGCUCGGCCGGGAGCUGGCGGCUGCUGGCCCCUGUGUAGUCGUGCAUAGAAUUCUAGCUUUUCCCUCCUUUCUGUAUAUCGGGCUCAGAGAUUACACUGUGUCUCUAUGUGAAUAUGGACAGCAUUUACCAACAUGUACCUGUCUACUUUCUCUUGUUUAAAAAAAGAAAAAAAACUUAAAAAAAUGGGGUUCUAGAAGGUCAGCGAAGGGUGGGUUUGAGAUGUUUGGGUGGGUUCCGUGGGCAUUCUGACAACACGGCUUCUCCCUUGGCAUGUUUCAUUGUCAUGUUUAACAGACAUCCUUGCAGUCUAAGGUGACACUUUAAAAAAAAAUAAACUUCUCUCCUAAUGAUGACUGAGCCCGGCCACUCGAUGGGAGAAUCGGCAGAACCUGUAGGAUCUUAUUUGGAAUUGACAUUCUCUAUUGUAAUUUUGUUCCUGUUUAUUUUUAAAUUUUCUUUUUGUUCCACUGGAAAAGAAAAGACGCUCAGUUUUAAACCGUUAAAAAGUGUACAAGUUGCUUUGUUACAAUAAAACUAAAUGUGUACACGAA